UGCCUGGCUUUAGUUUCCUUUGCAUUUUGUGUGAUUCUUAUUACCACCGAAAAUGGACAACGCUUCUUUCGCAGCUGAUUUCUUGCAACUUGAAGAUCAAGAAGAAGAAGUGGCGGAACAAAGGCCAAGCAAUGAACAAAAAGGACAAUUUCGUGAACAAGAUAUUUAUUUACCAAUAGCUAACGUGGCUCGUAUUAUGAAGAAUGCUGUGCCAAGCAAUGGCAAGAUAGCAAAGGACGCGAAGGAAUGCGUGCAAGAAUGUGUUUCUGAAUUCAUCAGCUUCAUAACAUCGGAGGCUUCUGAAAGAUGCGCUCAGGAAAAACGUAAAACAAUUAAUGGAGAGGAUUUGUUGUUUGCCAUGGCAACACUGGGAUUUGAUCCUUACCUGGAACCACUGAAAGUUUUCCUUCAAAAGUACAGAGAUUCAGUGAAAGUAGAGAAAUCAGCGGCCGAAAUGAGUUUCAUUGAAGCUCAUGACCCAACAGAUGGUGAUUUAGACGACCAUUUUGGACAAGAACAUUUUGCUGAGAUGUUGGCUGCUGGAACGACUACAACUGUCUUCUCUGGCGAGGCUUCCAGUCUCGAAGAAUCUCUUCAGUUUUCCUAAUCUCAACUUUUACCUGGAAACACUGGUGGAGCUGUAGUGGGCAACACUGAAGAUAACUCAGUUAAAAUUGGGAAACAUUGAAAAGUUAAGGCUAGGGGUAUAAAGUUAAAAAGGUUUUGAAACCUACUCUGGAUUCUUAUUAUCAUAUAUUUCAUAAAAAAAGAUGCUGAAUCUUAUUGAUAAACUGUGAAACACCAUAUUGAAGUCUCCAAUGCUAUGUCAAGUUAUGCGUCAAGUUGCUGUACAUGGAAGAAUGGAAGAAAAACAUUUUAACUGAUUUGGUUUUAUCAGAAAUUUAACCGCAUCACUGAAUUAACUAUCAAACUAACAUUCAACAAUCAACAGAAACUGCAAUAGUUGUUGAUUCUUACACAGAAAAAUGGCUCCAUCUUCAGAAAGAAGGUUUUCCUGCGAUAAAUGUGAGCGAUUUUUUACAAAGGAAUGUUACGUGAAGGUUCACCAAAAGACCCAUACACAUCCCAGGAUGUUCACGUGUAAUGUAUGCGAUAAAUGGUUCCGCAGAUCUGAUCAUCAUAAAAGACACAUGCGAGUCCAUACAUUGGAAACCCCAUACAGUUGUGAGGUGUGUGGGAAGACUUUUAAACAAAGAGUUGGGCUUGUAAGACACCGAACUAUACAUUCUAAGGAUAAACCUCAUGCUUGUUCUGUUUGUGGGAAGGCAUUCGGGAUCUUAAACGACCUAAAAAUACACAUGAGGUCUCAUACUGGGGAGAAGCCAUUCCAAUGCGUGGUUUGUGAUAAAGCUUUCUCUGUGCUCGGGAACUGUAAGAGACAUGAAAGGACUCACUUUAAGCAUGAAGUAAUUGAACCUGAUCAGAUGCCGCAGAAUACGCAACGAACAAAAAGGAAGUCCAAUGAAUAGUGUACGAUAAGAUAUAUAUUGGAAAAAAUACAUUAUCUGCCUCUUGUGUGAAUUGCUACAAAAUGAAGUGUAUUAAAAUCAUGUACAUCUAAACAGUACUAAUUAUUAUUCACUGUAUUUACCUUUAUGAAUUAUGAUCAUCAAUCAUCAUAUUUGAACUUUGUCUAGCACUGGUGGCAGGCAGUUCAUAAGGUGCCAGAUUUUAUAAUCUCAACUUAGGCUAUCUAAGAAGUUGAGUGAAUGACACUAUUUUAACCUCGUGUGGCGGGCCAACGACAGUCAUGUGCAUUUGCAAUGCAUCCCAACUAAAUUUGAAUAAACCACAUUUUAAAUUUAAUAUAUUAUGUCCUAUGAUGUAUAUUACCUGAACCAUUGUUUAACUUUGCUUGGCAAGUUAAAGCUUAAAAGGCUGUUUCAUCUACAAUAUGCUUAGGGGUUUAUGAAUGACACUUAUUUAUCCUCGUGUGGCAGGAAAAUGGCAGUCAAACUUAACAACUAACUAAAUUGAAUAACCUCAUUUGUGUGGCAUUUUAAUUAAAUCACUUACGUAUUGAAAUGCAAUUUUGUAAUUUGUAUCAUCUCUUUUUACAGAA